AUGCAUAUCACUUGUGUGCUCCUCUUAGCCCUCAUCGUGGGCGCCACAUCGGAUGCCAAAGCAUACUUCAGAUGGAAACGAGCGGCUGCCAUGAAGACUGCAGCACCUGCACCGAAAGCACCGAAUCCCAAGAAAGAAGUCGCUACAGCACCUAAGCAUGUGAAAGCAGCGGCACCAAAGCCAUCACCGAAGCCCACGAAAGGGCGCUCAGACGCCGCACCGUCACCGAAGCCCACGAAAGGAGCCACUGCUACACAUAAACCUCAGCAAGAAAUACUACCAUUGAAGCGAACCGCGAAGGCCAAUUCGCUAAGCGAUUCGUUUUCAGCGUUGUCAAUUCACUAA